AAGGGAUUGAAAUCAUAUUGCAGGAGCGCGUGGCGCCACGCGCGCUCAUCAUACAGUGACAGUGACAGAUGAAGCAACGGUCUUGAAGACCUUGCUUACAAGUGUCCUACCCCCGAUCCAACACCAUCCUGCAACUAUACUUAAGAAUUGUUUCGAUGAAGCUGGCAUUCUUUAGGCUUCGCGAUCGACAGAUCUCCCUCCUGUCUUCUUCAAGGCUUGUGCAGAUCCUAGCGAUGGCACAUUGCCCCUAGCGACUGGGCUGGCCUUUGGUAGCAGGUCGGCCCCCACUUGCCUCUCGCAUCAAGGCCAAUCCUCGCGCGCCACGCCCCGACCCCUAGCCUUUCACAAUUGUGGUCCUACCUGGACCUCCAUCCGCAUCUGGAAUGAUGGCCGCCACUCUCAAUGGCUCGUAUCGUCACGGAGGGGACGACUACUAUGGAUCUGCGGCUUCCACGACGGGAACGAUGUCGCGACCACCACGAGAACAAGACUUGCCUUGGGAGGAACAGAUCGUACCCGCUCUACGGAAGAAGUUGGAAACUGAAAGUGCAAUCUUGCUCAAGCGCAAAAGCCGAAUAGAGCCGUCCGACGGCUGUCAGUCGGCCUGGCCACCUCUCGGAGGACCAUCGGGACUCACGGCUUCUGCGGCAGUCCCCCCUCUUGGUACUUCGAAAUCGAAGCCUGCGGCUCCGCGUGUCUCUCAGCCUGUACGAAUUGAAGAUGCUGCUGUAACAGACGGUUAUCGGCCCGAAAAUAGUACAAAUGGAGGCGUGAAUGCGCAGGGGAACAAACAAGAAGGUGCAUCGGAGUUGCAAGGUCGUCAGUUGUGCACGCCUUCACCCACGCGCGAAUCCGCAAGACUGCGUACGAAGAGCGCUAGCACUUCAAGGGCAAGCCCUCAAGUCAAAAGAGCUCUAGAGGAAGCUCGACGUAGGCAGCGAGAGCAACAAGAACGAGAGUUUGCCAGGGUACAAGCUACGUCGAAAUCCCGUGACGCGCACGAGGAGGCGGGCGACGAGCGAGUCGGACAGCAACAGAAGCUCGGCAUGACCAAUUCGUCAUCGAGUCCUGAAAUCCUUUCGAAUGGGAAUCUGAACAACAAGCACGCUGCUUUCGAGGAUACAUCUCUUUCCCUAUCCCAAUCGAUCGCCCUAAACGCAUCUGCGAAGCGAAAAUUGGCACGCAGUAGACCCACAGCAGAUGAGCUGGAGGAGUUCGGCCCACUUGGUGGUGUGCGUCAGCCCAGCGGUGCUGGCGAAGAAGCAUACCUGGCACGAUCUCAGACGAAAGGCUCGAGAAUACGUGCCGUCACCCUCGCCAACGAAUUGCUUUCGAGGAGCGAGGCGUCGGCAGAGGAUGUGCCGACCUCAUCAAGACCUCGCCCGAUGGGGACGACGGGCUUAGAGAAUGCAACCAUUUUUCCGGAUGGUGGCGGACACAACCAGUGGCGAGCGAAUUACGUGAAAGGAGGGCUUUCCAACUCUCACUCUCAAGGCAGUAUGCUGCAACUUUCUCCACACGCAGCCCCUUCUGGAGGCCGCCGGAUCGCGUCCGAAAGCCGAGCAGCCGAGACCAACGACUUUUUGCCUCUAUCCACCAGCGCGAAUCCCUGGGAUGAAGAGCUGAUCCCGACGGUGGCCAAGCGCCUCCGCCAGCAGCGCCUGCUUGACGGCGAUCCGAGGCUUAGCAGGGUCGAGGGGUUGAUCGAUACGUGGGAUCGCGAUGGUCUGCCGCUCAAUUUGAGUGCCAUGGAGGCGAGCCGGAAAGUCCAAGCGCAGGAACAAGAUCAAACGAUCGGACGCGAGCAAGCAAAGGUGCAAGUAGACACAGAAGGAGAUAGGGAGUCGAACGAUAGAAAGGAAAGGGGUGGAGUGGAGAGAGAGCAACAGCGGCAAGAUCAGUCGGCAGUGGCGGGCCAAACGUCAACAAAGCUACAUGCUCAACCUUCCGGAGGCGAAGAUUCGAUACCAAUGCAUUCCUUCACAUCAGGCCAAACAACACAACGAACACAUCAACCAGUACCACACACAACGACUCCUUUAAUCAAUACCACUACAUCCCCAGCAUCACAUCCGCACAAGCGACCGGACUCACGUUGGCAACACGACGAUGAUGGUGCCGGCUGCUGCAAAUGCACGAUUAUGUGAACGACGAUUCGUCCCAUUUACCUUUGUAGCAUACAUUGUGACCAGAGCAUGAGAAAUACCAGACGCGA